AGCGCAGCUCCAUCUUUGUUGGAAGGAUUUGACAGGAGCUUUGACCUGAGUGGAGGAAACUGGACCGCGACCUGGAGCUGAACAAGUAUGAGCCCACUGCAACUCAGCUUCCUAAACUGCUUCUCGAAUAGCGAAAGAGUGGUUUCAAGCAGGCUGAAUGACUAUUAGUUCCAAAAAUGCCACAUUUCUACGCUCGCCCCGGACUGAUGAAAACGCCGGGGAACUGAUGGGAGCCACGGGCUUAAAUUAAGUCCUCAUCGGCGAAUGCCGUUGUUUGACAUUUCCUACGCGACAGAGACCGUGAGACACGCGGAAGUGCCGACAUGGCUGACAGGACUGCUCCCAACUGCCACCUGAGACUGGAGUGGGUGUACGGAUACCGGGGGCACCAGUGCCGCAACAACCUCUACUACACCGCCGCCAAGGAGAUCGUCUACUUCGUGGCCGGCGUGGGAGUGGUGUACAACACCCGAGAGCACAAGCAGAAAUUCUACCUGGGCCACAACGAUGACAUCAUCAGUUUAGCUCUACAUCCUGAGCGUGUGUUGGUGGCCACGGGGCAGGUGGGCAAGGAGCCGUACAUCUGUGUGUGGGACUCCUACACUGUGCAGACGGUCUCGAUCCUUAAAGACGUGCACACUCAUGGUGUUGCCUGCCUGGCGUUUGAUCUUGAAGGACAGUGCUUGGUGUCUGUGGGUUUGGACUCAAAAAACACAAUCUGCGUGUGGGACUGGAGGAGAGGGAAGGUUCUGGCAGCCGCACCGGGCCAUACAGACAGGAUAUUUGACAUAUCGUGGGAUUUGUACCAGCCGAGCAAGCUUGUAAGCUGUGGAGUCAAACACAUCAAGUUCUGGAGCUUAUGCGGUAAUGCUCUCACGCCCAAACGUGGAGUUUUCGGCAAGACGGGGGAUCUCCAAACUAUCCUCUGCCUGGCUUGUGCCAAGGAUGAGGUCACGUAUUCCGGUGCCUUGAACGGUGACAUCUAUGUGUGGAAAGGGAUCAACCUGAUGAGAACAGUGCAAGGGGCUCAUGGGUCAGGGAUUUUCAGCAUGAACGCUUGCGAAGAGGGUUUUGCCACCGGGGGACGAGAUGGUUGCGUCCGCCUGUGGGAUCUCAAUUUCAAACCAAUUACUGUCAUUGAUCUCAGGGAAACAGAGCAAGGAUAUAAAGUAGCUAGAGUUGAAAAUAGCAGAGGGCUUUCUGUGCGUAGUGUUUGCUGGCGGGGAGACCACAUCCUGGUGGGCACGCAAGAUAGUGAGAUCUUCGAGGUGGUGGUCCACGACCGCAACAAGCCUUUCCUUAUCAUGCAGGGUCACUGUGAGGGCGAGCUGUGGGCGCUGGCUGUGCACCCCACCAAGCCUCUUGCUAUGACAGGCAGUGACGACCGCUCUGUCAGGAUAUGGAGCCUUAUCGACCAUGCACUGAUAGCUCGAUGUAACAUGGAGGAGCCGAUCCGCUGUGCAGCUGUCAGCACUGAUGGUAUUCAUUUGGCCCUGGGAAUGAAGGAUGGCUCGUUCACCGUUCUCAGAGUCAGAGAUAUGACAGAAGUGGUCCACAUCAAGGACAGGAAGGAGGCUAUCCAUGAGCUGAAGUAUUCCCCUGAUGGCGCCCAUUUGGCUGUUGGCUCCAAUGACAACUCGGUGGACAUUUAUGGUGUUGUACAGAGGUACAAGAAAGUAGGGGAGUGCAUUGGCUCCAACAGCUUCAUUACACACAUGGACUGGUCCACGGACAGCAAGUUCCUACAAUCGAACGAUGGCAGCGGCAGGAGGCUCUUCUAUAGGAUGCCAAGUGGCAAGGAGGUGACAAACAGGGAGGAGCUGAAGCUGGUGCAGUGGGCAUCAUGGACAUGUGUGCUGGGUCCUGAGGUUAAUGGAAUAUGGCCCAAAUACUCUGCUGUUAAUGAUAUUAACUCUGUGGAUGCUAACUUCAACAAUCAAGUCUUAGUAACAGCCGAUGACUACGGAUUAGUCAAACUUCUACGAUAUCCAUGUAUAAAAAAAGGCGCAAAAUGUAAAAAAUAUUUAGGUCACUCAGCCCACAUUACCAAUGUAAGAUGGUCACAUGACUACCAGUGGGUUAUAACCAUUGGUGGAGCGGAUCACUCGGUCUUCCAGUGGAAGUUUGUUCCAGAGAGAAAGUCAAAAGAAGCUCUGCACAUUGCACCGCAAGAGACCUUGGCAGACUCUAACAGCGAAGAAUCAGACUCUGAUCAGUCAGAUGUGCCUGAAAUGGACUCGGAAAUCGAGCAGGAAACGCAGCUCACGUAUAGACGACAGGUUUAUAAAGAAGACCUACCUCAGCUCAAAGAGCAGUGCAAAGAGAAACAUCGAGCAAUCGCAAUGAAGAAGCGAGAGAGAGCACCUGGGAAUGGAUUGAAGCUGCACUUUAUUCAUGGCUACAGGGGCUAUGAUUGCAGAAGUAAUUUGUUCUAUACCCAGACUGGUGAAAUCGUUUACCACGUGGCUGCUGUUGGGGUCGUGUACAACAGACAGCAGAACACCCAACGUUUCUACAUGGGCCACGAUGAUGACAUUCUCUGUUUGGCUAUCCACCCCCUCAAGGACUUUGUAGCAACAGGCCAGGUUGGCCGAGAUUCCUCCAUCCACAUAUGGGACACAGAAAUGUUAAAACCAAUGUCUGUGUUGAAGGGUUUCCACCAGCUUGGAGUGUGCACUUUGGACUUUUCAGCGGAUGGCAAGCGCCUGGCUUCUGUGGGCCUGGAUGACAAUCACACCAUUGUGCUUUGGGACUGGAGGAAAGGGGAAAAGCUCUCAGCCAUGUGUGGAAGCAAAGACAAGAUCUUUGUGGUGAAAAUAAAUCCCUACCUGCCUGACAAGCUCAUCACAGCCGGUGUAAAACAUAUGAAGUUUUGGCACAAAGCUGGUGGUGGGCUAAUUGGACGCAAGGGGAACAUGGGAAAGACGGAGACUAUGAUGUGUGCUGUCUAUGGCUGGUCGGAGGAGAUGGUCUUCUCAGGCACGUGUACCGGUGACAUUUGCAUCUGGAGGGACAUGUUCCUGAUGAAGACUGUCAAAGCCCAUGACGGCCCCGUUUUCAGUAUGCAUGCUCUUGAAAAGGGAUUUGUGACUGGAGGGAAGGAUGGUAUAGUCGCGCUCUGGGAUGACACAUUUGAAAGAUGCCUCAAGACCUAUGCCAUCAAGAGGGCGGUGCUCGCUCCAGGCUCUAAGGGCUUGCUUUUGGAGGACAACCCUUCCAUACGUGCCAUAUCGCUAGGCCACGGCCACAUUCUUGUGGGAACGAAGAAUGGAGAGAUUCUGGAGGUUGACAAAAGUGGCCCCAUUACUCUGCUUGUCCAGGGUCACAUGGAAGGUGAAGUCUGGGGACUCGCCACCCAUCCCCAUCUCCCUCUGUGCGCCACUGUCAGUGAUGACAGAACCCUGCGCAUAUGGGACCUCUCUCCCAGUCACUGCAUGUUGGCAGUGCGCAAGCUCAGGAAAGGUGGCCGCUGCUGCUGCUUCUCCCCUGAUGGCAAAGCUUUGGCGGUCGGUCUGAAUGAUGGCAGCUUUCUCAUUGUGAAUGCAGACACCUUAGAGGACCUUGUGUCCUUCCACCACCGCAAGGACAUCAUCACAGAUAUCAAAUUCUCUCCAGGUUCUGGCAAGUACCUUGCAGUGGCAUCAGGAGACACAUUUGUGGAUAUUUACAAUGUAAUGAGCAGCAAACGGGUGGGAGUGUGCAAAGGAUGUCUCAACUCUAUCACCCAUUUGGAUUGGGACAGGAGAGGGAAACUACUCCAAGUCAAUACUAGUGCCAAAGAGCAGUUUUUCUUUGAGGCGCCUCGCGGCAAGAGGCAGACCAUCCCUGCCACAGAGGUGGAGAAGGUCGACUGGAGUACGUGGACAUGUGCUCUGGGUACGUCUGUUGAGGGCAUCUGGCCUGUGAUCAGCGAGGUCACAGAGGUGACCUCUGCUUGCCUUAGUCAUGACAAGAAGGUGCUUGCCACAGGAGAUGAUCUAGGAUACAUAAAGGUCUUCAGAUAUCCUGUCAGGGGCAAGUAUGCAAAGUUCAAACGCUAUGUGGCUCACAGCACGCAUGUUACAAAUGUGCGGUGGACCCAUGAAGACAGCCUAUUGGUGACGGCUGGCGGGGGGGACACGUGCCUCAUGAUCUGGACCCAUGAACUUGAGAGCCACAGGGAGCUCAGACAGUGUGACAGCGAGGAGUCGGACAUCGAGAGCGAGGAUGAUGGAGGUUAUGACAGCGAUGUGACAAAGGAGAAUGAGAUUAACUAUACCAUCAAAGCCUUAUCCACCAACAUGCGCCCCAUGACUGGUAUAAAACCCCACUUGCAACUCAAAGAGCCUUCUGUGGAUGAGAGACAAGGUGUGGUCAGGCCUCCCGUUAGCAGAGCCCUGCCGCAGCCUGAGAAGCUGCAGACCAAUAAUGUCGGCAAAAAGAAGAGACCCAUUGACGAUCUAGUGUUGGAGCUGGUGUUCGGUUACCGUGGCAAUGACUGCCGCAAUAACGUGCAUUACCUGAAUGAGGGGGCAGACAUCAUUUACCACACAGCCUCAGUUGGCGUCGUGCUCAACUUGACCACCUCCUGCCAAAGUUUCUAUGUUGAACACAGUGAUGACAUUCUGUGCCUGACAAUCAAUCAACAUCCCAAAUUCCCCAACGUGGUGGCAACUGGCCAAGUAGGUGACACUGGCGACAUGUCAGCCACAUCUCCUUCUAUUCACAUCUGGGACGCCCUGACCAAGCAGACCUUAUCGGUGCUGCGCUGUUUCCACUCGGGUGGGGUGUGCUCUGUCAGCUUCAGUGCCACAGGGAAGCUCUUGCUGUCUGUGGGCCUAGACUCUGAACACACCGUCGCCAUCUGGAAGUGGCAGGAAGGUGCCAAAGUGGCCAGCCACAUUGGCCACACGCAGAGGAUCUUUGUGGCCGAGUUCCGUCCAGACUCGGACACUCAUUUUGUCUCCGUGGGGAUCAAGCACGUCCGCUUCUGGACAUUAGCAGGGCGAGCUUUGCUCAGCAAGAAAGGAGUGCUGAGCUCUAUAGAAGAUGCCCGCAUGCAGACCAUGUUGUCUGUCGCCUUCGGAGCGAAUAACUUGACAUUUACAGGUACUAUAAGUGGGGAUGUAUGUGUGUGGAAAGAGCACAUUCUUGUAAGGAUAGUGGCCAAAGCCCACACGGGUCCCGUGUUCACCAUGUACACCACGCUGAGAGACGGCCUCAUUGUCACUGGAGGCAAGGAAAGGCCGUCAAAGGAAGGAGGAGCUCUCAAGCUUUGGGAUCAGGAGUUGAAACGCUGUCGAGCCUUUCGAUUAGAAACUGGACAGGUCAUUGACUGUGUGCGUUCUGUAUGUAGAGGAAAGGGUAAAAUCCUGGUCGGAACCAGGAAUGCAGAGAUUAUUGAGGUUGGUGAGAAGAAUGCAGCAUGCAACAUUUUGGUGAACGGUCACAUGGACGGGCCAAUUUGGGGGUUGGGGACACAUCCGACCAGAGACGUCUUUCUGUCUGCUGCAGAGGAUGGGACAGUUCGACUUUGGGACAUUCCGGAGAAGAAGAUGCUGAAUAAGGUGAACUUGGGUCACCCGGCAUGUACAAUCAGCUACAGUCCCGAGGGAGACAUGGUGGCCAUUGGCAUGAAGAACGGCGAGUUCAUCAUCCUGCUGGUUGCGUCUCUCAAAAUCUGGGGCAAGAAAAGGGACCGGCGCUCUUCCAUACAGGAUAUUAGGUUCAGUCCAAAUUCACGCUACCUGGCCGUCGGCUCCUGCGAAAGCGCCGUCGACUUCUACGACCUGACGCUCGGGCCGCAGUUAAACCGCAUCAACUGUUGCCGGGACAUCCCCAGCUUCGUCUUGCAGAUGGACUUCUCUGCGGACAGCCUGUGCAUCCAGGUGUCCACGGGUGCUUACAAGCGUCUGGUGUACGAGGUGCCGUCGGGCAAGCGGGUCACAGAGCAGUCCCACAUUGACAAGAUUACCUGGGCCACCUGGACCAGCGUUCUCGGGGAUGAGGUUGUAGGCAUCUGGUCGCGGAACACAGACAAAGCGGACGUCACUUGCGCCUGCGUGUCGCACUCAGGCCUCAAUGUGGUGACAGGCGAUGACUUUGGAAUGGUCAAGCUCUUUGAAUUUCCUUGUCCGGACAAGUUUGCAAAACAUAAGCGCUUUUUGGGCCAUUCAGCUCACUUGACAAAUAUUCGCAUCACAAACGGAGACCGCUUCGUGGUGAGUGCUGGUGGCGAUGACAGAAGCCUCUUUGUGUGGAGGUGUGUCCACACCCCCCACUGAAGGUUGGACCACCCCACCUGUCGCCUCCUGGCGUGACUGUCCAAUGACGCGUGAAGGAUUCAUUAAAGGAGCAGGAGGCGGCCUGGCAGGACGUCUGCGAGGAAAAAGUGUGGCGCUAACUUACUGCCUCAAAAUUUGGUACAUGCACAUCAUGGUAUGAGUUGUGAACAAAAGUGGUGUGUAUUCAGACCAGGGGGGAAAAAAAACAAAGUUCAUUUUAUAUGUGCAUACCACCUACCACAACUACCGGGCAGCGGACUGGUACAGGUCCGUGGGGCAAAAAAAUAAGGCAACAAUCUUGCAAAUGAUUUAAAAAAAAAAUAUAUAUAAUCUUCUGAGGGCUUCAGAACGGGUCAAAUGGUGAGUCAGAAGAAGAGCCUACAGUUUCCAGACAGCGGCAUUUACAUUGGCUAUAAAAAGUCUACACACACCUUUUCAAAUGCACACAACAGUGGCAAUACCAGGAACUGGACAUCCCUCCAAAAUGUAUGAAAAAAAAACCCAACAAAAAUGUGGACAGCGAGGCUGACAUAAACAUUGAAGAAGCUUGCUGUUUAGUAAAUGUGACAACAAUCUCCCAUCUUCAUAUUUCUGGGCUAUGGGUUAGGGAGGCCUUAUCUUACAAAGAAAGGGGGGGGGGGGGGAGCACUUAAAAUCGAAUGUGUUAUAGUCCGAUGGAAGCAACUUGAACUUUGAACUUUUGGGCCAUAAUUCCAAAAGGUAUGUUUGAGGCAAACAACUCUGCUCAUCACCAGAAGUUAUAUAAUAUGCCAUAAUAUCACUAAAGUGGAGCAUAGUGGUGGCACCAUCACACUUUGGGGCUGUUUUCAUCUGUGGCCAGCGUCAAGGAAGGAAUUAUCAACAGUUUGAAAUAGCAGUCAGUGUUGGCACAAAACCUGCAGGCUUCUGCUGGAAAGCAAAUACCAAUAAAAAUGUAGUUUGUAUCGAGUUCAUGAAAAUCCUACGAGAAGAGCUGAACUUUGUUUGGGAUUAAUCACGGGCACUUUAAAUGAUGCAAGAUGUGUGAUGCUGACUCCCAUUGAACAUAAGUUUGAAUGUGAUUGGUUAAUUCUGAACAUUUAAAAGAGGGUUUGCACACUUGUGCAAGCAACCACAUUAUCUCAGUUCUUUAUUUUUACGUCCCCUCUCUAAAAGAGUUCCUGCUCCCCGAGUUGUACAGUUUAGUCACAUUACUAGUGGAAAAGGUGUUUAAAAGUGCCAUAUUUGAGCAAACCGACUUUUUUGGGGCUGUAAUAUUGGCUCUAUGGUGCCUCAGUAAACGUGAAAAAUUCAUUCAAAUCGUCCUCGCAUUCCUGAGUUCGAGACGUUUUUCUUCCGAGAGGCCUGAAAUCAGGUCAUUCAAAUUUCUCGGGCUUAUCUACGUCACUAGCGAAGAUCUUCGCCUUUCCUUUCUGCUCCUGAGCCAGCCCUGUCAACAUAAUAAGCACUCGUGCGCUCACAAGUGGGUGUUCUACAUGGAGGCGACCAAUCAAAGGAAAGGGGGGCGGCCUUAGCCAACUAUGGGCAAAGCGGAUAUAAAACUGAGUCACACAGAAGUAGCUGUGAGAGGGGCCUUUUCUGGACACAAGUAGAACAAAACCAAUGUGUUUUUGGAAACACUUUUGCACUGGGGCCAUGUCAGAGAGUCACUCUAUGGAUGUCUAAAUAGCCAAAAUAUGGGACCUUAAAAUGAUUUAUCUUGGUCUCAUUUUUGUAUAUCACAAAAACCUGGCAUUUGAACAGGGUUGUAUAAACUUUUUGUAUUCACUGAAAGAGACAAUACAAGCAGUCCAACUUAAAAUACAGGUUUAUCGCUCCAGGUAAUUCUCACGCACCAACCCCAUUCUGCCUAACAUCUAAAUUAGGCAAUGAAGCCCUCAAAAUUGCCACAUAAGAUUCCAUUUCCAACAUCCUAUCUUAGCGAAGUGGGAUUUUCUGCAAUGACGGCAACCAAAACAAAACUACAGAGGAGACUGAGCAUAAGUAACAAACUUCAAUGAAAUUGGCGCCCAUUACCCCAAGAUGGGACCGGCUCUUUAAGAGAAACAAGCGCAAGCCUCCCACAAAUUACAACUAGUUUCAGCGUAAUGGUAGGUUUUAUACUUUGUAUUUGUUUCAAUGUCAGUCUGUCAAAAUACUGUUGAACGCGAAACUUGUCCAUGGCGCAAAAAAAGGUUGGGGACCGUUAAUUUAAGGGAUGCAUUACUUUUGCGGGAUGAGUAUUUCUGUCCCACAAUCUAAGACCUAUUGUUUACUGACAAUGCCAUUAAAAAAAACUAACAAAAAAAAAAAACCCCAAAACAUACUUGUAGCAAACUCAAUUAGCCUUAAUGUGAGUGUUAUGAGUUUCCAUUUUGGAUCAAAUGGUCAUUGGUAUGUGUUUUUUUUUUUUUUUUUUUUUUUAAACUGGUAAUUCCAAAUUGUGUGGCCUUCCUCCUGAAUGUAACAUCCACUGUUAUUGUUCUGGAUGUCAGCAUGCCAAAGCAGACUAUGCACUGUACACCCGACCCAGUCACUGUGUCACAUUGAUGGUUCAUUUCUGUGCUUGUCGUACUGGUGGUUGUUGUUGAAUGGUCAAGCUCACGCAUGACUUGUUGAUGAGUGCAGAUGUGUUCGUGUUUGUUUAUGGGUGUGCAUGGAACACGAUCCAUCGACCCCCCCCCCCCCCCCCCCCCCCCCCCCCCCCAAAGAAAAGAAAAUAGUAACUUGUAACUGUAACUUGAUGUUCCAAUGCACGCUGAACUAUUUCAGUCACUUUACAGUGUGCUGCUACAAUGUAUUAUUGUUACAUUUCCAUCAAUAUGAAGGGUGUAAAUUUGCAUUUUGUGUAAUUGGACAUAUUACUUAAAUGGAAUGUUAUCUGAAACAAAAGUGCAAAAUAUUUUGCUUCUUUUCAGGCUAUAUAUCUAUAUAGUAUAUGAAAUACUACAUAUUUUGAUUUACACCAGUGUAAAUAUCAUUUGUAGAUAUUCUUUUUGUAUAUUUUCGUGAGAUGUUUCUUAAGUCUGCUUUAAUAAUAAAAAAAAGAAGAACAGAGGUUCUAACUUCUGAGUGUAUGAUGUUAUGUGUGCAAAUAGAACACUUUAUUUAACCAAAUGUGAUCAAAUUAUUGGUGCUCAAUUAUUAAAAAUAUUUCCUGACUGCU